CCGGGAUGUGACGCAGUGCAGUGGCAGCAUGAGUGUGGUCACCCUGUGGUACACAGAGCACAGAGCACACCUUCACAGGAGGGAGGUGCCAUGGAGGCAAGACACGAGAAAGAAAAUAAUUUGAAGGCAUUUCACAGCUUUGGCGUUCUCAUCUUUUGUACCUCACUUAGGCAAGACAAAAAGCAGCUACUGUGAAAUAAAAACAUUUUGCAGAGGAAAAAACUGUAGUGAAAGAGGCAGAACAGCAGGAAGAGGAGGACAUUUGACAGAUAAAAAGAGGGAGCUCUGCAGCAGGAUCCCCACCGUGCUGAACACAGGACUGCGUGACUGGUCUGUGCAAGCAGAGGGAGAGAGGAGAGAAGGGAGGAAGGUAGGAAAUAAAGAAGGGGGAGGGGAGGCUAUUCAGCGCAGUGCAAUCUGACUGGAUGAGUAGCAGCCGCGGUACAGGCAAGCAGCAUCAGCACCACUAGCUGUAGCAUCUUUCUUUGUGGCUGCUUGAAGCUGUCUUGUGGCUGCUGUAGCAUCAACAUCAACAUCAUCCACAUACACACAAAUAUCUGGACACAGCUCUUCCCACUGCUUGCCUUAGACACACACAUGUCGUGGUGGCCACCAGAGAAGAGGUAGUAAGUGACGGGGCUCGGGGGACAGAGGGACGAGGAAACAGGGACGACUGGUGGUAGUGCAAACAAGAGGAGGGCUGGAGCAACGGUGACUGGAGGAGCAGCAGCAACAGUAGCAGCGGCACCAUGGCGCAAGCCGCCAAGCAGCUCCGCAAGACCAAGGACCUUGCGGAGGCCGCCGCCCAGGAGCAGAGGGAGAAGGAGGAAGAAAAGAUAAAAAAGAGGAAUCGAUCCAGGGACCGCCGGCGCAAGGCUGAUGCAGCCACCAGCUUUCUGCGUGCAGCUCGAUCAGGGAACCUGGACAAGGCUCUGGAUCACAUCAAAAAUGGAAUCCACAUCAACACAGCUAAUCAAAAUGGUCUCAACGGGUUACACUUGGCCUCUAAAGAAGGUCAUGUCAAAAUGGUCCUGGAACUGCUGCACGCUGGCAUCGAGCUGGAGGCCACCACCAAGAAAGGGAACACAGCUCUUCAUAUCGCAGCACUGGCUGGACAGGAGAAAGUGGUGGCUGAGCUCGUCAACUACGGUGCCAAUGUUAAUGCCCAGUCACAUAAAGGGUUCAGUCCUCUCUACAUGGCAGCGCAGGAGAAUCACUUAGAGGUCGUCAAGUUCCUGCUCGAGAACGGUGCCAAUCAGAGUCUCCCAACCGAGGAUGGCUUCACUCCCCUGGCUGUAGCCCUCCAGCAGGGCCAUGAGAAUGUUGUGGCACUGCUAAUCAACUAUGGCACCAAGGGCAAGGUCCGCCUUCCCGCACUGCAUAUCGCUGCACGAAACGACGACACACGCACCGCUGCGGUGCUCCUGCAGAACGACCCCAACGCUGAUGUUCUCAGCAAGACUGGUUUCACACCUCUCCAUAUUGCAGCUCACUAUGAGAAUAUGAGCGUAGCCCAGCUGCUGCUGAACAGAGGAGCCAAUGUAAACUUCACCCCAAAGAAUGGCAUCACACCACUACAUAUAGCCUCCAGGAGGGGCAACGUGAUGAUGGUCAGAUUACUGCUGGACAGAGGUGCACAGAUCGAUGCCAAAACUAAGGAUGAGCUGACUCCUCUCCACUGUGCAGCCAGGAAUGGUCAUGUUCGCAUCAUUGAGAUCCUCUUAGAACAUGGCGCUCCCAUCCAGGCUAAGACCAAGAACGGUCUUUCCCCCAUCCACAUGGCAGCUCAGGGGGAUCACAUGGACUGUGUCAGGCAGCUGCUGCAGUACAACGCUGAGAUUGAUGAUAUCACACUGGACCAUUUAACCCCACUUCAUGUAGCAGCCCACUGUGGUCACCAUCGAAUGGCCAAAGUCCUACUGGACAAGGGGGCCAAAGCCAAUGCACGUGCUCUGAAUGGCUUCACCCCUCUCCAUAUUGCUUGCAAGAAGAACCACAUGCGGUCCAUGGACUUGCUACUUAAGCACUCUGCUUCCCUGGAAGCUGUCACAGAGUCUGGUCUUACUCCUCUUCAUGUAGCAGCAUUCAUGGGCCAUCUUAACAUAGUGAAGAACCUGCUCCAGAGAGGGGCUUCGCCAAAUGCUUCCAAUGUGAAAGUGGAGACUCCCCUCCACAUGGCCUCCAGAGCAGGACACUGUGAAGUUGCUCAGUUCUUACUGCAGAACGCAGCUCAAGUGGAUGCCAAGGCAAAGGAUGACCAGACACCCCUGCACUGUGCGGCUCGCAUGGGCCACAAGGAGCUUGUCAAGCUGCUCCUUGAGCACAAAGCCAACCCCGACUCAGCCACCACUGCAGGCCACACACCCUUACACAUCUCUGCACGUGAAGGACACAUCCACACUAUUCGAAUCUUGUUGGAUGCUGGGGCACAGCAGACCAAGAUGACAAAGAAAGGCUUCACUCCUCUCCAUGUGGCCUCUAAAUAUGGAAAGGUGGACGUUGCUGAGCUCCUUCUGGAGAGGGGAGCCAACCCUAACGCAGCUGGGAAGAACGGUCUGACACCACUUCAUGUGGCCGUCCAUCACAACAACUUGGAUGUUGUUAAACUCCUGGUCAGCAAGGGAGGAUCUGCACACAGCACUGCCCGAAAUGGUUACACUCCUCUGCACAUAGCAGCCAAGCAGAACCAAAUAGAGGUGGCCAGUUGUCUGCUGCAGAAUGGGGCAUCGCCCAAUGCAGAGUCCCUGCAAGGCAUCACGCCCCUACACCUGGCUGCACAGGAGGGGCGACCCGACAUUGUGGCCUUGCUCAUUUCGAAACAGGCCAAUGUGAAUCUGGGAAACAAGAAUGGAUUGACUCCACUCCAUCUUGUCGCUCAGGAAGGUCAUGUGGGAAUCGCUGACACACUGGUCAAACAAGGAGCCUCGAUUUAUGCUGCCUCACGGAUGGGCUACACACCCCUUCAUGUGGCCUGUCACUAUGGCAACAUCAAGAUGGUGAAAUUCCUUCUGCAGCACCAGGCCCACGUCAAUUGCAAGACGAGGAUGGGCUACACCCCUUUGCACCAGGCAGCUCAGCAGGGCCAUACUGAUAUUGUCACCCUGUUGUUGAAACAUGGAGCCCAGCCCAAUGAGAUUACUUCGAACGGGACAUCACCUCUGGGAAUUGCUAAGCGACUGGGUUACAUCUCUGUCAUUGAUGUGCUGAAACUGGUUACUGAGGAGUCGGUCUCCACGAUCACUGCAGAGAAGCAUCGGAUGAGUUUUCCUGAGACAGUUGAUGAGAUUUUGGAUGUUUCAGAAGAUGAAGGGGUUGCCCAGCUAACCUUAGGAGAUGAGUUGCUCGGGAUGGAUGGAGCACGCUAUUUGAAGCUUGAUGACUUCAAGGACCAGGACGAUGACUUCCUCUCCCCAAAGAAAACCCUUAGAGACUUUGAGGGUGGCAUGGGUACCACGCCAUAUUCUCCUGCUAUUCCCAGGAUCCCUUGUGUGUCUCCAGAGACUGUACUACUGGAUCAGCACACCCCCGUCCCACUGCCAAAGGAGUAUGACGAAGACUCGCUUAUACCGAGCAGUCCAGCUACAGAGACUUCAGACAAUGUCAGCCCUGUGGCCAGCCCGAUUCACACUGGCUUCCUGGUGAGUUUUAUGGUGGAUGCCCGAGGAGGCUCCAUGCGUGGCAGCAGACACCACGGCCUGCGAGUUAUCAUUCCUCCUCGAACCUGCACUGCCCCAACACGCAUUACCUGCCGUCUGGUCAAACCUCAGAAACUGACCACUCCUCCUCCGCUGGUGGAGGGGGAGGGACUAGCAAGCCGUAUCAUCUCCUUAGGGCCUUCCAGUAUGCAGUUUCUUGGGCCUGUAAUUGUUGAAAUCCCCCACUUUGCCUCACUGGGCCGAGGGGACCGAGAGCUUGUGGUCCUCCGCAGUGAAAAUGGCUCAGUCUGGAAGGAACAUCGCAAUCGCUAUGGUGAUGAAGUGCUGGAAACUAUUCUGAAUGGCAUGGAUGAAGAUUUGGAGAGUCAUGACGAGCUGGAGAAGAAAAGAAUUCGUCGGAUCAUCUCCACCGACUUCCCCCUCUACUUCGCUGUGGUCUCGCGCAUUCAGCAGGAGAGCGAUCUGAUCGGCCCAGAGGGUGGCCGGCUGACCAGUAAGCUGGUGCCCCAAGUCGAGGCCAUCUUCCCCGAGACAGCUGUUACCAAGAGAGUGAGGCUGGGACUGCAGGCGCAGCCAAUCCCUGAUGAACUGCUGACUCGGCAGCUUGGGAACCAGGCGACCUUCAGCCCAGUGGUUACCAUAGAACCACGCCGACGCAAAUUUCACCGUCCAAUUGGGUUGCGCAUUCCUUUGCCACCGUCCUGGAGGGAGAGUCCUCGGGAUGCUGGGGAGGGUGAUACCACCAGCUUGCGCCUCCUCUGCAGUGUCAUUGGUGGCACAGCACCAGCUCAGUGGGAGGACAUCACUGGAACCACCAAGCUGAUGUAUGCCAACAGCUGUGCAAACUUUACUACCAAUGUUUCUGCAAGAUUCUGGCUAGCAGACUGUCCACGCACGGCAGAGGCAGUGACCUUUGCCAAUUUGCUGUACCGGGAGCUGAUGUCUGUUCCAUAUAUGGCCAAGUUUGUUAUUUUUGCCAAGAUGAAUGAGGCGCGUGAGGGACGCUUGCGUUGUUACUGCAUGACGGAUGACAAGAUGGACAAAACGCUGGAGCUGCAUGAAAACUUCACUGAAGUGGCCCGAAGUCGAGACAUCGAGCUGAUGGAGGGCAUGCCACUGCACCUCGAGUGUUCUGGAAACCUAGUGCCCAUCAGGAAGGCGACCCAGCAGCCUCGCAGCUUCAGCUUCCAGGCAUUCAGAGAUAACAGACUGCCUGUCUCUGUCAAGGUCAGAGAUAGUAACAAGGAUGCCACUGGGUUUUUGUCCUUCCUGCGGAAGUGCACCAAGUACGAGGACACACAGCAUGUACUGUGUAACCUUAACAUAACCAUGCCGCCAUGUGUCAAGGUUGUUGGAAGUGAGGAACGCAGACGAACUUUAACCCCCCUCGCCCUGAGGGAACGCUACAGCGCACUGAACGAGCCCGGUGUGGCCACAGUAAAUGCCAUGGAGAGGACCGAGAUCAAGAUCAACAUCAUAUCUGAGCAACUGGGUUUAAGCUGGGCAGAGUUGGCACGUGAGCUUCAGUUUGGUGUGGAUGACAUCAAUAGGAUCCGUGUGGAGAAUCCCAACUCCCUGCUGGACCAAAGUUCUGCUCUGCUCAACUUGUGGGCCAGCAGAGAAGGCAAAAGGGCCAAGAUGGAGAGCCUGUACGUCGCUCUCAAAAACAUUGAUCGUGCAGACAUUGUAACCUCACUGGAGGGUCCGGCUCCACAGCCAGCACCCGGUUCUUUAGAGGAGGGUGCCUGUCGACUCAGCGACCGUGACUCCACCCUGCUGUCACCGAGUGUCAUCAAUGGUUAUGGGCUGGUGCAGGAGGAGCUGCUGUCCCCGGCCUCCAUGCAGUACAGCUUACCCUCUCCACUGGGCGCAGAGCCCUAUUGGCAGGAAGUCUCCAGCCUCGAGUGCGCCCCCAUUGCCACCACUGAGGAAGACACAUUAAUGGAGAUGUCGGAUGUUCAGGUGUGGCCAGCAGGGGUCAGCCCUUCGCUGGUUACCGUGGAGGACUCAUCACUGGAGGGCAGCAGUCGGGCUGACGACUCAGAGGGUGCCACGCUCUCCCUCCCCUGCAGCUUGGGUCGCCCGAGCAGUGGAGCCAGUGGGGCCAGUGGCUCCAUCAUGGAGCUGGAAGAGGAGGAGGAGGAGGAGGAGGAAGGGGAGGUUGAGGAGGAGGAGGCGCCGCAGGAGCUAGCAAGUGCGCUGGCAGAAAGGGACAGGGUGAGGGCCAGUGGCGCCGUCCCCAAGGUCAACCUAAACGGGCAGCUGGGAGGUCAGAGGUCGGAUGGGAGGAGAGGGGAUGCUCUCGCAGCAGGAGGAACAAAAGGGGGCACUGGAGGUGUAGGCCUGGGUUCAGUGGAAGGGAUUUCUGUUGUUGCAGGCCAGCAGGCGUAUGCCCAGCGGUGUGAGAUGUCAGGACUGAGUCGGGCUACAGAGCAUAACGGAGAUAACCGAGUGGUUGGAGGCGGAGCAUUUCAACCCUACUUACCAGACAAGGAUUCCCUGCAGGGCUGGGUGGGCUCGGUGUCGUCAGGACAUGACGUGCCAGGCUUGCGCGUGGCCCAGGAGGCUCUGCUGACUCCGAGAGAGGAGAAAGAGGACUAUGCUGCAGAGGCACAGUUUGUUUCUGAACAUGGAAACGUCCUUGCUCGAAAGGUGGGGGUGGAUGUGAAAAAGGGUGCUCAAUCAGUGCAGCGCACCAGUCUGCGAAGAGUUAAACACUGAAAUACACAUACUACCCAGUCCUCCAGGAAAGCCACUGCCAAACCAUCCUCCACAAAAACACCACCAGACCGAACAAGGGAAGGAGCAAAGGAGGAGAGGAAUAGUAAGACAACGACUAAGAAGCGCAAACUACAAAAUGGCACAGAAUCAUCCUCGCCGUUUGACCAUGGAGCACCAUGGAAGAAAAGAGACAGAGAGAAAAAAAAAAGAGGAGUUCGACUUGUAGUUUUCUAACAUUUGUAAAGAAAAAUAUCAACUAGACUAAGGCAUGAUGGUUCUUUUUUUUACAUAAAUGUCGGUAAAACAACCAAGAAAAAAAAAAAAGUAACAAAAAGUGCUUCCUGUGAACUGUAAUCGCAUGAUGACUGCUGGUGCAUGCCCUUUGACCUUUUGAACUGUCAUUAUCUACAAACUGAAGGGGUACAAGGUAUGGGGAUGGCCCAUGCUUGGGCUGCAGGCCAUUUUAAGGACCUUAUUCCCGCCCAACUGGAAUGGAAAGCAAGUUGAGUCCAAUAAUACUACAGCCAAAAAAAAGUCCCACAAUGGAUGGUUCUGUAUACAGCUAAGCCUCUGCUGAGCCUACCAAUGCUUCUUUCACUGGACCCUUUCCCCUGUUAUUCUCAAUGUGAUAUAUGCACUCUAUGCUACGUGGACAUGUGUCAGUGCGUGUAUGUGUGUGUAUGUGUGCGUGUAUUCUUCUCUACCGCAUGUGUUUCUUGCUUCUGGCUUGGCGCUGAGCCCUGCCUCAUGAUUGGCUCGCUGCCCCUGUGAUGUCAUGGCGCGCUCAGUGCUGGAAUGAGAAAGCCGCUGUGCUCCCCUGCUUGUGAGUGUUCCUGUCUGCGUGCGCUGGCGUCUUUUUUUCCCCCUUUUGUGGAUGAAGCUUGUUUCUUGUUAUCCAUUCCUUUGAAACCGGUCCACCUUGGUUUUAAGCAUUGUCUAACCUUGAUAGGGACGUGAAGCUCUUUCACCCCUCGUGUUUUCGGGAGAAAUGAGUUUUUCGGACAGCGGGGAAUGUUUUCUUUGGAAAGGGGUUGGUUGCUUGAUUGCAAAGUGCAGCAGCUCUACGACACAAAGAUCGCCGUUUUCCUGCUUUGUGACCUUUUCUACCUUCUUCCUUUUUUUUCUCCAGCAGCACGUCACCUUGACUCACAUCCUUUGUCAGUAGCCUCAGUCAAUAUGCAGUAAAAUCACAGCCCUCUCCAUCACAUCUUUCGCUUCUCCAUUUAAUGUUACUUAACUUUGUGUGUGCUCCCUCUUUAUCUGUUUUGCAGUGGCUGUAGGGCCCCACUGUCGAAUUCUGGUUCAUUCAUUUAAAACAGUGAAUGAAGUGGAGCAAUGGAGGAUCUGAUUCAUGUGAGGAUGUAGUCAUUUGGAGGAUUCUUAGGUUUAGUGAUGGCAAAACAAAAAUGUUGCUACGACAACAUGCUAUUGUGGUAGGAGCUGUGCAGCCAGGACAGACAGGUAGCACUGUGAUUGUCUUAUUAACACUGACCCCAGACUCGUGAAUCGUGAAGACACACAGACAUUCAUAUAUUCAAACAAAAAGCACAUACACACACAUGCAUAUGCACACACAUAAUCACAGAACACGUAAUUAAAUAACUGUUGCCUGGUCAAAGUGUUGGAUAGUUUUUUCGAAGUUUGCUACAGCAAUAACACUUAACAAGAGCACAGAAGAUGGAGGCUGGGGUUCUGCAUAUCUCCAUUAAGGAUCUAAAAUUGAAAGAUGUAACCGACUGAACUCCUCAUCGAAGACAGAAACUCCAUCUGGACAAACAGCAGUCAAGUUUUUGACACUGGGCAGCUGUGCUUAUGUUUGAAUGGCUCCAUCGACCUUGAUGGGAACAAGUCAGAGAGGACACGCUGACGCAAGAUCAGAUGACUCAGCUGUAGCAGUGAUGGGACUGUGGAGGCCUGGGAGGGAUUAUUUAUUUUACAGCAUUUAACGUAGCAAAAUAUAAACCAGGAUGUGUUAAUUUAAUACACCAAUACCUAUUAAGGAGUCUGCUGCUGCCGUGAGGUGGAGACCACCUAACUCCAUGUUUUGUUUUUGUUUUUUUGUGAGUAAUUUAGUUGUUAAGUGUUUCACACUUUUCAGACACACUGGCAUCACUGUAAACCACCUAUCAUUCUCUUCAUCUCUGAAACACUUUAUGCAGAAACCUGACGGCAGCACUAUCAUAGUAGCACACGAUUCCUGGAAAUCAAAACACAAUAUUUAUGUACUGUAACUGCUACUGUAGCCUGAAUGAGUGAGACACUGAAUGAAUGGAUGAAUAAGACACAUUAGUUACACAUUACACAAAUUUUCCCCAUUCUCAGUCUGUGCACGUGAGAGCCUCAUCCAGUAUAAC